AUGAGCAACCUGCCCAAGGAGAAUGAGCACAGCAGCAACAGCCUCGAGGAAGAGGUGCGGACACUUUUUGUCAGUGGCCUUCCUGUGGACAUCAAGCCCAGAGAGCUUUACCUGCUUUUCCGGCCAUUCAAGGGUUAUGAAGGAUCGCUGAUCAAGCUAACAUCAAAACAGCCGGUUGGCUUUGUUACCUUCGACAGCCGGUCCGGUGCGGAAGCUGCAAAGAAUGCACUGAAUGGCAUCCGCUUUGACCCGGAGAACCCCCAGACGUUGCGGUUAGAGUUUGCUAAGGCCAACACCAAGAUGGCAAAAAGCAAGCUGAUGGCCACACCGAAUCCCACCAACCUCCACCCUGCCCUGGGAGCGCACUUCAUUGCACGGGACCCUUAUGACCUGACUGGAGCAACCCUGAUUCCAGCAUCUCCAGAGGCAUGGGCUCCCUACCCACUCUACACCACGGAGUUAACCCCUGCCAUCCCACAUGCUGCUUUCACAUACCCAGCUGCUGCCGCUGCUGCUGCACUUCAUGCUCAGAUGCGCUGGUAUCCGCCCUCUGAAGCUACCCAGCAAGGAUGGAAGUCUCGUCAGUUCUGUUAG